UUGUGUUUUUAAAAAAGACACUGAAGAUGGCGACCAGCUCGGAGCGCAGUCCCCCUCCGUUCCCGGAGUCCGAGGACCAAGAUGUGUUGGAGUCUGAGGAAGUCCGAGGCCGCGACAGUGAUGAAGACGACGGGGAGGACUUCUUCGGGAGUCCGAGCACCUCUCCUGUGACCGAAAUGGACACCACACCGACCAGUGAUGUUUCAACAAAGCCUCCCAGUGACAUCAUGAAUGAUCCUUUCUUUGAGCCAAUGAGCAGCCAAACAGAAAACAAACCAGCGAGUGAAUUCAUCAGUGAACCCUCAGAUGAUUUUUUUGACCUGACAAAUAAUGUAAAUAUUGUAGCUGCAGCUGCAACAAAAUCUAAUGAUUUUGUUGACAUAUUGGGAAGUGAAACUGGAGCUCAGAGAGGGGAAGUAGUAAAGGCAGAUGUUACUGUUGGAUCAGCAAUAGAUAAAAGUGAAGUGACCGCUGGCAUUACAGAUCCACUCAGUCAGCAGGAAGCCAAACAAACUUCCACUGCUCCGGUUAUCGACCUCAGUGGUGACUCACAGCAACUGCCUGUCACUGGCAAAAUUGCAGACCCUUUGGUCGACCUCUUCGGUGAUGCUCCACCAGCUGCUGAAGCUAAAAAACCCAGCGGGGCGACAGUCGAUCUGUUCGAUGAUGAGGGGAGUGACAUUUUCGCAGAGCCGCUGCAGACUAAACCUGCCAAGCAGCCACAGAAAAGCCUCUUCAACGAACCUGGAAAGGAUCUGUUUGGUGAGCCGCUGGGUGCCCUCUCAAAGAAAACUACAGAGCAGAAGGAGAAAUCUGUCACAACCAAAGUUAAUGCUGGAGGACCUGUGCAAGACAGUAAGCCUGCAGAUAUCUUCAGUGAGACCGUCCCCGCAGCACCCAGUGUCAGCAGCACCAGCACCGUCAACUCCAAGACCAAUGGAGUCCACUCUGAGGAGGAGAGUGAUAUAUUUGCUGCAGAAGCCACAGUGGAGCUCUCUCUCGACAGUCCGCGCAACGAGAGAAAAAAGGAGGCGACGGCCAAGCCGUCUGCUUCCGCCCCCACCUCCCUGCCAGCAGCUGUCAGCCUCGCCAAGCCACAGUCUGCUUCCCUGGAAGAGUUGGAAGAAGAGGAAGAGGAAGAGGAGGAACAGGAAGACAAAUUUGACAUCUUUGUCUCUGUCAAAGACCCAGAAAAAAUAGGGGAUGGUAUGAAUGCCUAUAUGGCCUACAAAGUAUCCACACAGACCACACUGCCCAUGUUUCGCAACAAGACAUUUACAGUGAGGCGACGCUUCAGCGACUUCCUCGGCCUUUUUGAGAAGCUCUCUGAAAAACAUGGACCAAAUGGAUUCAUUGUGCCUCCGCCGCCAGAGAAGAGCCUCCUGGGGAUGACAAAGGUGAAAGUGGGAAAGGAAGAUUCCUCGUCUGCAGACUUUGUUGAGAGAAGAAGAGGUGCUCUGGAAAGGUAUCUGCAGAGGGUGGUAAAUCACCCAUCGCUUCUCCAAGAUCCUGACGUCAGAGAGUUCCUGGAGAGAGAGGAAUUGCCUCGAGCAGUGAACACCCAGGCUCUGAGCGGCGCCGGCUUCUUAAAGAUGAUCAAUAAAGCAACAGAUGCUGUCAGCAAAAUGACCAUCAAGAUGAACGAGUCCGAUGUGUGGUUUGAGGAGAAGCUGCAGGAGGUGGAAUCUGCAGACCAGCAGUUCAGGAAGCUCCACGCUCUGGUUGAAUCCCUGGUGGUCCACAGGAAAGAGCUGUCACUGAACACAGCAAGCUUUGCCAAAAGUGCGGCCAUGCUGGGCAGCGCAGAGGACAACACCGCUCUGUCCCGAGCCCUGUCCCAGCUGGCCGAGGUGGAGGACAAAGUGGAGCAGUUACACCAGGAACAAGCUACGAACGACACCUUCACCUUUGCAGAACUGAUCGCAGAUUACAUCCGCCUACUGGGAGCCGUGAGGGGGUCGUUUGAUCACCGGAUGAAGGCGUGGCAGCGCUGGCAGGAUGCUCAGUCCAUGCUGCAGAAGAAGAGGGAGACUGAGGCCAAACUCCUGUGGGCCAACAAGCCUGACAAGCUGCAGCUGGCCAAAGAGGAGAUCACUGAGUGGGAGGCCAAAGUCACGCAGUUCGAGAGAGAAUUUGAAAGAGUUUCUGCAACCGUUCGCAAGGAAGUCAUUCGCUUUGAGAAAGAAAAGACAAAGAAUUUCAAAAGGUACAUAAUCAAGUAUUUGGAGUCUCUGCUUCAGUCUCAGCAACAGCUGAUAAAGUACUGGGAGGCUUUCUUACCAGAAGCUAAAGCAAUCGCCUAAUCCUCAAGCACCAGCCCUCUGGACUACAAACAGGCUGCCUUUUUCUCAUACACUUUACCUCUUUUGCCUUUAAACCAAGGAAAAUGUGUGCAUUGUAAAGGGAGAUACAAUCAGUCUGUUUUUUUGUUUUUUUUUAAUCACCUUUAACACAGCUCUGUAUUCUAUUGUAUUAAUAAUUGUAUAUUUUCAUUUAACCUUCCACAAAUAUUUUCUUAUUAGAUGAGAAUAGAUUGCAUAUACAAAGAUACGGGCAAAUGAAAAGAGGAAGAAAAAAAAAAAGCAUAGAUGACUGAUUCUAUUCAUUUCCACAGGAGAGUCGUUUGUUCUCAGGAUUUUCUCCCUCAUUGAUCAGGAGCUCUUUCACAUCAGCUGUCGUUAACGGUUUACAGCCUGGCUGCUCUCUCGUCAGAGAUUUCUGGGGACCCAGAUGAAGAAGGUGGCUAACUUCUCACUGUGCGUCUUAUUAAUGAUUCAAAGGGAUUAAAUAACCGUUAAAAAUUAGAUUUAUGAGCACUUCCACCGGGUGGAUAAACUACUUAAGUACCAUCCAUGUUUUCCUUUCUUUUUUCCAUUUCUCUCUUUCUAAUUUGGAGUAUUAUGAUGCUGAGGGGGAGUGCGUGGGUGUGCAGGGUGAUGAGUGGCAUUAGAUUAGCAGCUGUGAUAAAGGGCUUUGUCGCAUGCCGAGGUUGUGGGGAUAACAACUUUGAAUUCCUUUCAGUAAUUGUGCAAACUUUAUGUCGGUGCCUUUUUAAGUGAGAAUGGUGUUUUGUCUUAACUUCCUCUACAGUCUACAACUUCCUCCUCAACUGGAAACCAGUUUAGAGGGACUUUGUAGACAGAAGUUGUGGGCUCGCCAUCAUGUAGUCAUCCCACUACUUAUGUUUAAGAACUAUGGUAGUGCCCCAUUUACUGCCAGUUAAGUUCCUCCUCCCCCAGUUCUUUUCUAAAAUGGUUUAUACUGUUUUCAGUCAGCCUUGCAUGAACCUGCAGAGGCUUGAAUUGGGUAAAUCCAGUCUGUAAACAUGUCUGAGUCUGUCAAAGUUGAGUCAUGUUGGACCAAGUGUCGGUUAACAAUUUAACGCAAGCAGUAAUGACUCAGUUUGAAGGAAGUAAAUGCUGAUUGUGUGGAUUAGCCAACUCAAGUAAGUCUCAGCAAGCAGUUUUGUGCUGUGUCAGAUGAAAGCCAAAUCCUUUCUGGAUGGCAGGGUUGGUGUAAAAAGAGCAGAGCUGCAGCUCACAGCAGUCUUAUUCUGCAGAUCUAGUCCUGUUUUUGUCUGACAGCCCAAACAACCCAAAGUUAUUCAUUUCUUGUAGCACUGGAGGGAUAUUUGUUUGCACAUGCAUGUCUUCAAACACAGUGCAGCAUCUUCUCGAUCCCAUAAUGUGCACUGCUGGCUGCUGUCAUUGUUAUGAAAACACAAAACAAAUCCACUGAUUGGACACGUGAGGGCGGUAAUCUGCCAACAAGUGCAGCAUUGUGGCCACAAAUUAAAGGGCAACUACUGCCAAGUCCAACAUCACUACUCUUCACUCAUUCACUACUCCAAGCGAACACCCAGCCGUUUGCAGUAUAUAUUUUCACUAAGAAUUUUGCAUAUUGUAUAUUUUCAACAUCUGUUCUACUGCAGAUGUUUCUCAGGCACUUUGUAGUGCCUCUAAAUUUGGACACACAUAAGAUGAUGUACAAUUAGUGAAGCGUAGGGAGUCAGUUUGGACCACAGACUGCAUAGAAAAGGUGGAUGUAACCUUGUGAUCUUAAAAAAGUGACACAGUUGUGAAAGUGCUUUAAUCCUGCAUUCUUUCUGCUGGUCAACAGGGGGCGUCUCCUUUGGUUACAAAAGUAGUCAGAUUGUAUGGAAGUCUAUAGGAUGCACCUACUUUACUUAUUUUACGACGUGCAAAUGUUUUCACAGUUGUUUGUCUUGAGUCUCAUUUAAUAUUUUUCAUUUUAUAAAAAUGAUGGUAAGGAGAAAUAACUGGUAGAGAGUAAAAUAGACUAUAAAGCAAGAUAUGCUUUAAGGUGGUUCUACCUUGUAUGGCUGUACUCAGGCUGUCCAGUCAGAUUUACCUGUCACUUGUGCCAUCGGGGGGGGGGGGACAAAGGCAGCAUCCGAAAGGCUGCACAGUGGCCACAUCCAUGUUUUCUAUGUUUAUUCAGUCUAUGCAGACGUUGGCUUUGUCGGUGUUUUUAUGACGAAGCAAAUGUGCUCAUCACUUUUGAUAGAAAUCUAAGAUGAAAUUUGCUUUGAAGUGGUGAGUGUAAGCAUCUUUUUGUUUAUAUAAAAUAUCCAGUUCCUGUAAUUUCCAUGGACAUAAAACCAGAGACUAGUCCCAGAGGUGGAGCCAACAAAUGUUUGACAUUUUCACUUCAUGAUUGACUUAAAUACAAAUACACUGUUUGUGAUUUAUAGGAAGGAGGCAACAAGAUGUGCUUUAAAAGCUGAUGUGAACUCUUCAGAACUGGAUUGAUUGGCAAACAAUGGCAAAUUAAUGCCUUCAGUAAAACAUGCUGGUGUUGUAGUGAAUUCCUCCCUCAAGUCUCAGCCUGUAGUUUUAACAAACCUGUCACAGGUUUUUGUGGCAGGACUGCCAUCCUUUGAUUACAGCUUUAAUGUCCACAUGUGCACACGUGUAAAAACUGAAGGCGUGCAGCGACUAUGCUUCACUAUCGAUUGUUGUCAGGCUUUCUUUAACUUGCAGACAUUUCUUUGCACUUCUUUCAUGCCAGUUAGAUAAAUGCCUGUUUUUACUAUUAUUUUUACAUCAUCUAAUAAAACUGGUUGUCAAUGUGUGGUUAGUGGUAUCAAUGUGCAGAGCAAUGUCAGCAAUAUGCACUGUGUCAUAGAAACUUAAUUCAAAUCAAUAAAAGUUGCACUGUUUACA